CCCAGUCACUUCGUACUUGCCUCCACCUCAGUUUCUGCAGACAUGUCCAGCCUCCGGGAACUGUGCUCCGGCCUGCCCCUACGACCACUCCCUGAGAACCGGGGGCGCUGGGCUGGAGUGCCACAUGCGCCAGUCAGGACUCCCGACCUUAGCCCCGCAGAAGAGCAGCUGGCACUGAGGAAUGCCUUGCGCUACUUCCCACCUGAUGUCCAGAAGCUGUUGGCCCUGGAGUUUGCCCAGGAGCUACAACAGUUUGGACACAUCUACAUGUACCGUUUCUGCCCCACCAUCGAGAUGAGGGCCUACCCAAUUGAGCAGUACCCAUGCCGGACACGGGCAGCUGCGGCCAUCAUGCACAUGAUCAUGAACAACCUGGAUCCUGCUGUAGCCCAGUUUCCACAGGAGCUGGUGACCUAUGGAGGCAACGGGCAGGUGUUCAGCAACUGGGCUCAGUUCUGGCUGACCAUGUCCUACUUGUCGAAGAUGACUGAGGAACAAACUCUGGUCAUGUACAGUGGACACCCGCUGGGCCUCUUCCCCAGCAGCCCUUGUGCCCCACGGCUGAUCAUCACCAACGGGAUGGUUAUUCCCAACUACUCCUCCAGGACGGAGUAUGAGAAGCUGUUUGCCUUGGGGGUGACCAUGUAUGGCCAGAUGACAGCGGGCAGCUACUGCUACAUUGGUCCCCAGGGAAUCGUCCAUGGCACAGUGCUCACUGUGCUGAAUGCUGGUCGGCGGUACCUGGGCAUUGAGGACUUGGCAGGGAAGGUCUUCGUCACCUCUGGGCUUGGCGGGAUGAGUGGGGCUCAAGCGAAGGCUGCAGCCAUCGUUGGAUGCAUUGGGGUGAUAGCAGAGGUUGACAAAGCGGCACUUGUAAAACGUCACCAACAAGGCUGGCUGAUGGAGGUGACUGACAGCUUGGACCACUGCAUUGCGAGACUCAGAGAAGCAAGAAAAAAGAAGGAGGUACUCAGCCUUGGCUACCAUGGCAAUGUGGUGGAUCUUUGGGAGCGCCUGGUCCAUGAACUGAACACAACAGGGGAGCUCUUGGUGGAUCUCGGAUCGGACCAGACGUCCUGUCACAACCCAUUCAAUGGCGGCUACUACCCUGUGCAGCUCAGCUUCUCAGAGGCCCAGAGCCUCAUGUCCUCCAACCCCGCUGCCUUCAAGCACCUGGUGCAGGAAAGCCUGAGGAGGCACGUCUCAGCCAUCAACAGGCUGGCCCAGGAAAAGUUCUUCUUUUGGGACUAUGGUAAUGCCUUCCUCUUGGAGGCUCAGAGAGCAGGAGCAGAUGUAGAGAAGAAAGGAGCCAACAAGACGGAGUUCCGCUACCCCUCCUAUGUCCAGCACAUUAUGGGGGAUAUCUUCUCCCAGGGCUUCGGGCCCUUCCGCUGGGUGUGCACGUCAGGGAACCCCCAGGACCUGGCUAUCACCGAUCAUCUGGCCACAUCUGUACUGGAGAAAGUCAUUGCCGAUGGAGUAAAGCCAUCUGUGAAGCUACAGUACAUGGAUAACAUCCGCUGGAUCCGGGAAGCUGCCAAGCACCAGCUGGUGGUGGGCUCCCAGGCGAGGAUCCUGUACUCAGACCAGAAAGGCCGUGUGGCCAUUGCUGUGGCCAUUAACCAAGCCAUCGCCAGUGGGAAGAUAAAGGCACCAGUGGUCCUGAGCCGUGACCACCAUGAUGUGAGUGGCACUGACAGCCCCUUUAGGGAGACCUCCAAUAUCUACGAUGGUUCUGCCUUCUGCGCAGACAUGGCCGUGCAGAACUUUGUGGGAGAUGCCUGUCGUGGCGCCACCUGGGUUGCACUUCACAAUGGAGGCGGCGUCGGCUGGGGUGAGGUGAUCAAUGGGGGAUUUGGCCUGGUGCUAGAUGGAACCCUAGAGGCUGAGCAGAAAGCCAGGAUGAUGCUCAGCUGGGAUGUCUCCAAUGGUGUGGCACGCCGCUGCUGGUCUGGGAACCCCAAGGCCUAUGAGAUCAUCUGCCAGACAAUGCAGGAGAACAGUGGCCUGGUAGUGACACUUCCCCAUGCGGUGGCAGAUGAACAAGUGCUACAGCAGGCCCUUCGGCCCUGAGAAAGUUAGGGUCCUCCCGACUCCCUCCUUCCCGCUGCCCUCCCCACUCAGCUCACUGCGCUCCUCCCACACCGCACCCCUACAUAGCACCCUUAGUGUCUCACAUGGUGAACCAUGGAGGCCUAUCAAGGUGGAAGCACUUGUCUUGACCACUGGAUUGAGGGCAGGGUACGUCUUGUGCAUGAAUGUAAGCCUGCAAAAGAGUGAACUCCAGCUUAGACAGGAAGGAACACUGAAUGCUGGCCAAGCUGGCAUCAGCCUCCCAGGAUUCUCUGUGACUUUCUCAAUGUGCUGUUCGGUCUCCUGUCCACCACUGUCCCCACACCGCUCUCCUAGCCAUCUGCCUAUCCCAUAUCUAUGCCAUCACUUCUAGUUCCUCAGAGAACCAGGCAUGGGUACACAAGUACUCACACCAAGUCUUUGGUGCUGAAGAUGGGAAGGAGAACAGACGAAAAAUAAAGAAUAAAAUAUCGGCAAGUACAUGAGAUAAACUGGGCUAGCAGGAGUGGGCAACACAGUGUCUGAGGCAAAAGUGGUCAGGUACUAGAACAUGUGGAGAGGAGAGAGAUGGUCUUUCUAGGCCAUCUGUGUGAACCUGAAAAACAGAACCAACCACUUCCAGAGGUCCCUGGAGAUCUGUUUGGGGUCUGGAAACCUGCAGAAGCUGCAUUUGCCUAAAGCUGGGAUUUUACACCUUUCCCAGACCUUGCAAUCCAACCAGCUUCCAGGGCCCCUCCUACUACUGUGCUGCCCUGUGCCCACUUUUCAGUGUUCACCAGGCCAGCCCACCUGCUGUGGAGUAUCACAGGCUUGUUGUCCCCUAAGCUGAGCCAAGGCUAAGAAGCAAGUAACUUACAAAGAGAAAAGAAAGGGGAUCUAUUGCUGACCAUUCUUGAUGUCUCCAUCCAGAAUCAUGAAGUCAUAUUGCUUUGGGCCUCUGGCAACAGUGCCACAUGACAGUGGCAGAUAGGACAUGGCAGAACAUACUGCUUAUACUAUGAACCGGGAAGCAGAGAAUAGAAGCUUGAAUCCAAGUCCUACAAUCCCUCCAGGGCAUGUUCCAAUAACCUGAAGACCUUCCGGCCUCUAGCACACCAGCCAAGCCAUAGCAGAGGUCAAAAUGUGCUUUCUGGUUUCUUGGUCUCUCUUUCUUGCAUAAAAUAAAAAUAUCCUGAAUCAAAAA